AACAAAAACGACAUCGUAAUAGUCAGCUUGGGUGUGUUUAGACCAAAAUGCCCCCGUCAUCUAAUUAAAUCCUCGUCAACGCAUAUUUGGGAAGGCGUCGUCUUCUCCUUCGUCUAUCAUCAUCCAUCCAUGGAGUUCCCUCCAGAAGGUUACAGAAGAGGCGUUGGGAUUUGCCUCUUUAAUUCUUCUGGAAAAAUUUUUGCAGCUUCGAGACUGAACGGGCAUGAAAUCUGGGAAAUGCCUCAGGGUGGUGUAAAUGAAGGCGAAGAUCUCAAAACUGCAGCCAAGAGAGAACUCAUGGAAGAAACAGGAGUAGUUUCUGCAGAAAUUAUAGCAGAGCUACCCUACUGGCUUUCUUACGAUUUCUCUCCCGAAGUCAGCAUCAGACACAUCAAACACUGGGGAGCAAGAUACAAAGGCCAGACCCAUAAGUGGUUUCUCCUGAAGUUUACUGGAAAAGACGAAGAGAUAAAUCUUCUAGGCGAUGGAACAGAAAGGCAAGAGUUUGGGGAGUGGUCAUGGAUGUCAAUUGAACAGCUACUGAACCAAGCUAAGAAAUCCCGGAAGCCUGUUUAUGAACAAGUGAUGAAGGAGUUUGGUAACUUCAUACUUGGAAUUGUGGGUGAUGAUAUUCCUCUCAAGCAGAGUGAAACUUAAUUGGUCAUUUGAAGGGGUUCAAAUAUUUUUAUCGAUCAUACCACGAACAUAUACCAUACGAAUCACAGGUUCAUAGAAAAUGUUAUGCACUCACAUCUAAGUUUGAUUGUUCAAAUAAGAGAUGCCUUUAUUUAGAGAUAAGGCAGAUAUGUUUGAUCCUUUUAGAAUUUGAAGUGGUGGAUUAAUGAAAUCUGAGGCCAAGAUAUUGGAAUCAGAACCUUCACUAAAUUGUGCAGCUGUAAACAAGGAUUGAAGUGUCCAAAUAAGAGAUAAAGGGAUUUUGAUUAUAGAAAGGAAUGAAAACGUGGGAUUCACUUUUAAA